AUGAAUUCGAAUAAUUCUCAAAACCAGAUUAAAAGAAUUGCUAGAAUACCUUUAACAUCUCCACCAUGUACAAUAAAUACUAAUGGGGAAAUUUUUAUUAUUGGAACAUGGAAUGGUUAUAUAUACUGUAAAAAUAUAAAUGAAACUAAUAAGCAAUUAUCAUUAAGUGAAAAAUCCAAUAAUUUAGAUCCUUUUAUUAUAAUACAGCCUAUAUAUUCAAUUAGACAUAUUAAUAUUAGAAAUACUGAAAUAUUAAAUAUAUUAUUAGGUUCUUCUUCAACUACAAAUUUUAUAGUAAAGACAUCAGAAUACACACCUGUUAUCCCAAUGAAUAUUAAUAUAACUGAUUCACAAUAUUUUCAACAUCUAGAACUUAGAUCUAAUAUACAAUAUGGACAAGUGAUUGGUGAUAAACUUAGUAUAUCAUCUAAUAUUGAUGAAUCUAAUGAUUAUAAUAAUGAAAUUCCCUCUUUUAUAGUAUGUUCUAUAUCAAAUUCAUAUUUAGGAAUUGAUAAAGUGGAUAAAAUAUCAAUUAAAUGGUUAAAUUUUAAUAUACCAGACAGAGAAUUUAUACUUUUAGAUUAUGAUUAUAAAAAUAAACUUGUGAUUGCUAUUGAAAGAUCACCAGAUAGAUUACAUCAUUCUAUAUUAUGUUCACUACAAGUUAUUCAUAUUCCUGAUAAUAUUAUUCAAGAUAAUUCUGAAGGAAUUAUUUCAAUAUUAAACUUACCUCCUUUAUUUUUACUUAAUUUUCCAAUUAAACCAUGGUGCCUUUUAUCAUCAAAAUUAAAAUCAGAAAUUUCAUAUAAUUCUUCAAAUCAAUAUAAAAUUAGUUAUAUAUUACCAAAUUAUAGAUAUCAUUAUCCAACCUUAUUUAAAUUAUCAAAUUUAACAUCUAAUAAAUCAAAAUUAUUAGAUUCUAGAUGGAAUAUAAAUGAUGCAAAAUUCUGGGGAUAUCAAUCAAUUGUAUUAGUAAUUUCAAAUUAUAUGAUUGUAAAUUUUGAUAUUACAAUUUGUAUAUCAAAUUCUAAUAAUAUACAUUCAUUUAUGAAUACAAGAUUUGUAACAAAAUCACCAAGUAGAUUUAUUACAUCAACUUGUACAAGUCAUCCAUUAUAUUUAAUUAUAUUAACAGAAACAGAUAAUAUUGUCUUAUUAAAUAGAAAAGGUGAGAUAAUUAAAAAAGUUGAUAUAAAUACUCCAAAUAAACAUCAUAUUCGUUGGGUAUGGCCAAGACAUUUAAUGUUACUUGAAAAUGGAACUAUUUUCUUUACUAGCUUAUAUUAUGCUUAUUCUCUUUAUUGUGCAGAAUUAGAUCAAAAUAAUAAUAAUGAUAAUAAUCGAAGUGAAGAUAAUAAAAACACAGAAAUUAUUCAAGAUGUCAUUGGGAAGUCACUUUUAAUUAAAAAGAUCGGUGUAAAAUUAAGUAAAUUAUUUCUAAAAAUAAAUAAAAAUAAAAAGGUAUAA